AUGGAAGCAAGUGGUGGCGACGACCGAGAGGGGAGGGAUGAGAUCUCUCUUCUUGCUGAAGAACUAGUACAGUUAUCAGUCAAAGGCUCGAAGGUGGUACCCAGUUCCAAACCUACACUGAUAUGUACGGUUUGGACAGAAAAGAUUUAUAACCCAGAUAGCUUUAAGGCUCAUAUGAAAGGUAUAUGGAAGACAAGGAAAAAGUUUGAGAUACAGGUGGCGGGACAAAAUUUAUUUCUAAUAAUAUUUGAGUUGGAAGAAGAUCUGGAAUCGAUUUUGGAGGGGAGGCCUUGGCUUUUUCGGAAAAGUUUAAUUCUGUUUGACAGACUUAGUCAAGCGAUGGAGAGGGAUCCGAUCAAGCUUACUUCAUCCCCAUUUUGGAUAAAAAUUGAAUCGUGUUCUCCAGAAUUCGAUAAAAAAGAUUUAUUGCAUGCUAUUGGUGGAACGUUUGGUGGGGUUCUCAGAUCUGAAGUUAGUGAAGAAAUUUGUCGACUCAAAAUUAAUUUAGACGCCCAGAAACCACUUAAAAGAGGUAUUUUUGUCUCUACUGGUUAUGUUAGUAAAGUUUGGAUCCCUUUUAAGUAUGAAAAUCUGCCAUUGUUCUGUUUUGGAUGUGGAAGAAUGAGGCAUGGGUUGAGCAACUGCACUCAGAUACCACCUGAAAAAAAAAAGUAA